AUUUAACCGGCGUCUUUACUUUCGCCAGUUGCCGGCACCGAGGGAUCCUUCCCAGUAAAAAUAGUCGUCACGAACGGCGGACUCGUCACUAGUUUUUCCCGCAAACCGGUCGGCGUCUAGUUCCGACAUUGAAGUAUCUUCCCGAUUAAUCGGCGCAGAAAUACCGCGACCACACGACUUUGGGGCAACGUGAUAAACUUGGAAAAAGCACAAUGGCCGCCGUAGAGUAUUAUCAAAACGAGAACAACGAAGAAGAGGAAACUGGAACGGGCAAUGCGACGUCGACGACAACGUCCAGCGUACCCGGAGGAGGUGGUGGAGGCGGCGUGGCGCAGCAACAGCAACAGGGUCAACAGGGACAGCAAGCUACUGCCGGCAUCCCGGGACGCGACGACGAGCGAAAACUUUUCGUUGGUGGUUUAUCCCGUCACACGACGGACAAAGAACUCCGCGAUCACUUUGGUAAGUUCGGUGAAAUCGAGAGUAUAUCUGUCAAGAUAGACCCAUACACCGGAGUCUCUCGUGGGUUUGCCUUCAUGGUGUUUACCAACCCGAAGACCAUCGACAAACUUCUAACAUCGGGUGAGCACUACAUCAACAAGCGUAAGGUCGAUCCAAAGCGUGUUAGCAAAAAGGCUCAACAUGGUAAAAUAUUCGUCGGUGGCCUAACUCCAGAAAUAACUGACGACGAUAUAAAGACAUAUUUUGGUCAGUACGGCACAAUCGUAGAACUCCAGGCACCUUUUGACAAGCUCAAGAACCAACGAAAAGGAUUUUGUUUCGUUACUUUUGACUCACGAGAUGUCGUCUACAAGCUAUUAAAGACGCCGAAACAAGUUAUAAAUGGAAAGGAAGUCGAUGUCAAAAAGGUAAAGGUGAAUCCAGAGGCAGGUCGCCAGGGAUACUGGAGCAAUCAAGGAUUUGGAUACUACGGAGGUGGCUACGGGUACAUACCUGAAUAUGCAAACGGAUACCAAGGAGGGUACGACGACUCCUACGCAGCUUAUGAUUAUGCCGGAUACGAGGGUUAUGAGAAUACUGGAUAUUCGACGCAAGCAAAACCCCGUGGCAACGGACAGGGGCCGAGGCAGUACCCGAGACAUCAGCCUUACUAGCAAGGCGGGUGGCUAAUCAGAGCCAGCCUCAUCGUUAAACAAGGCCAUACCUAACGCCCAAAAACUAAAAAUCAAGGAGUAUGCUCAUGGCAGGAAAGGGUUGAAUUUAAAAGGACAGAAAGAGUAAAAUACCAAUAAAAAAAAAAAGUAAACAAUUGGACUCCCGUGGUGAACCUUGCGAACUUUCCUUUCAUCCGCCGCCACAAGUCCCUGUAAUCGUACAACACGAUAUGCGGGAGACAAAACCUGUGUACUAGAUUAUUCCUCGCGGUAAGAGACGUUAACGUAUAGCUCUUUUGAUUUACUUACGUCAGGCUGCUGCUGAAAGCCCUCAAGAAAAUUAUGGGGAAUAUAAGUUUUCCCCGCGUAAGAUUUCAUUAUACAUUUUUGCUCUAUUGAAUCUUUUGUUUGUUUGUUUUUUUUUUCCUAAUUUUUCAAAUUUUGUAUAUUUAUUUUCAGCCCAACUAGUGAGCCGAUCAUUCUUGAAAAUAAAUGUCUUUCUUUUAUAAUUAAGUAAGCCAAUCCGUGAUGAAAAUAAAAGAACGACACGUUAAUAUUAUCACUUUAAUUCCUAUCCGUGUAAAACCAUUAUAUUGAUUUAAGAAUUGGAGCAAAAACCGAAAAGGAAAGAAAAAAAAAAAAUUAUGUGAAUAGAAGAGUAGAAAUAAAGUUGAAUAAAAUAAUUCACGGAAAUACAUAACACACGUACACACACAGUUUCUAUAAAUUAUAUAAGAUGAAGAAAAUAUAAGAAAAUGAUAAAAAAGAAAGAAAUCUGAGACAGAAAGAAAAAAGAAUAGUUGAGCAUUGCGAGAUAUCUUGUAUAAUUAAUUUACAUAGCGAUUAGGUGUUAGAAUGGGAAAACGAAAUGUUUCGAAGAAAGAUUAUUAUAAUUAAAAUAACGUAAUAGAUGUACAGGGAGAAAACGAGACAGCGAGAGGAAAAAAAAGAGAGAAUGCAAAAUAGAAUGAAAGAGUUGAUAGAAAAGAGAAAAACAAUUGUAAUAAUAAAAUAAUAAAAAGCUGUGCUUUUUAAUUAUUGCAUGUAUACGAGUUUCGAUUGAACAUCCAGUUUCUUUAAACAUAAUUAAUUAUUGGUCACCCAUACGCAUUAUAUUAAAAUUUCUCAAUCCCGAACGGUUGUAAUAAAAACGGAAAAAGAACAAAAAAAAGCAAACAAUUUUUCUCCAUCAUCUCUUUCAUUCUCUUCUCUCGAAUAAAACUCUGCCGCGAGAUCGUACGAAAAUAAUAUCAUAAGAUGAAACAAAAUCUUCGUGUCGUCAAAAUCGACGCAACGCGACUUAGGAUACGACGUAAGAACAAAAUAUUGGAAAUUAAUUUUUUUUGUAUCUCUUUUUCAAAUUAUUAUCAUAUAUAGAGACACAUAUAAUGCAGAAUAAUCAUCAACGACGACGAAUCGUAAUGACAUAAUAUCUCUAUUUUGAACAGCGGUGAUAAAAUAUUAAAAAAAAAAAAUAAUAAUAAUAAUUGAAUAAAUAAAUUUAAUUAAAUUAAAGAAAAAAAAAAAACAAUAGAAAGAAAAUGAAUAAAUAAUAUUUAAAAUAGAAUGAAAAAAAAAACAACGUAAAAUGAUAAUAUAUGUAUAUCUUUUAUCCGUCUCCUUUAGAGCCUUUUCUAUCGACCGCAAUCACCGCGGUGUUGAAAAAGACUGCGAUUAUAUUAUAUAUUAUUAGACAAUGAUAUAUAUAUAUAAAAAUAUAUAUAUACAUAUACAAAUAUAAUAUUAUAUACAAUAAUGCUCCUACAAUCGCAAAAGUCGGUUGGGCAUAAUACAAAUAUACAUAAUACGUGUAACGAGUACAUACGUGUAAAUUGAAAAAUUGAAAUCAAGGAAAUAGAAAAA